AUGGGCAUGACUAAAAAUGAAGAAGGUGAAGAAACGAAGUAUGAAGAACAAAGAGUGAUUAUACAAAAGAGUGAAAAAUUUCUGGAAGAUGCUGAAGAUAUUCAAGGACUGAAUGGCUAUAAUUUGACAGAAGAGGACCAAAAGAGUGAAAGCAAUCCCAAAUAUGAUGAAGAUAAUCAGAAAGGUCCAAUGGAGGAAAACGAUGAAGAUAAUCAAGAAGAUUCAAUGGAGGAAUAUGAUGAAGAAGAUACUUCCGAAGAAGAGAAUGAAGUAAAUGGUGAAGUAGCUACAUAUACUUUUGAGGAUGAAGAUAGUGAAGAAGAUUCUACAGAAGAAGAAGAUGACAAUGAAAAAAAUGCAAAAGAAAAAGAAAUUGCUGAAGGAGACAGUGAAAAAGGUGAAGAGUGUAAUGAAGAAAAUAUGGGAGCACUUUGGAAGAAAAAGGCCAAGAAAUCAGGGGAAAGGAUCAGAAAGAAGGUAAAAGAAAAUUCCAUUGCUAAUGAUAAAGAUAGUGAAGAAAAGAGAAUGAAAGAAGAAGACAAUGGUGCAAAAAAAGAUAAAGAAAAUGCUGGAGAUGGACAAAAUGCUGAAGAGCGUAAUGCAGGGAAAUUGGAAACAAGUUCAAAGGAGAAGGUCAAGAAAUCAAGGCAGAGGAACAGAAAGAAGAAGGUGGAAGAUGGAAGCUCCAAGAAAGUGGCAUCUGGAGCUGAAGAUAGGCCAGAAUCAUCAACCAAGAAUAAAUCCAAGAAGAGGGCUGAGAGCAUGGGAAUGAUAUUUAUGUGCACUUCUCAGACAAAGAAUGACUGCUACCAUUAUAAGGUUCUUGGGCUGCCUGCUAGCAAGAGAGAUUUGGUGAAAAAGAUCUAUAAAGGGAUGAGGCUGUUUUUAUAUGACACUGAUCUGAAAUUGAUGUACGGGAUUUAUAAAGCUGCAGGACCUGGGGGAUAUAACAUCGAGCCCAAGGCCUUCAAGUCACAGUUCCCAUCUCAGGUUCGAUUUACUAUUUUCGAGGACUGUUUGCCUGUGGCUGAGGAGAAGUUCAAGAUGGUAAUCAAGGAGAACUAUUUUACAAGAAAUAAGUUUGAUUGCCAAUUGACAUCAUCACAGGUCAAGAAGUUGUGUAAGCUUUUUGUACCUGCCAGGAAAGUUAACCAGUCCAAAAGGGUGGGAAGGCAGGGGAAAGCAGAAAACCCUACACCUGUGCACCGAGAAAGAAAGAGGAGGCGGAGAGGGGAUGAUGAGACACCUAUGCGCCGAGAAAGAAAUAGGAGGCGGAGAAGGGAUGAUGAGAGGCGCACUUCUUUGAGGGAGGAGCGUAGGCAGCAUGAGCCCCCUCAUAAGCGUCAAAGAGAUGUUGUUACACCUCCUGUGGCACCACAGUGGCAGCGUCCACUGUUACUUGCACCAGCACCAGCACCAGCACCAGCACCAGCACCAGCACCUCAACCACUUAUUGUUCCUUCAUAUGCAUAUAGGAGGACACCGGAAGUAAAUGUUUACAGGCUAGAUCCGUACUUAAACGAUCGUGAUCCUUAUAGAGGUGGUCGAGAUCCAUAUGUUGUCCGCCGUGACCCUUAUAGAGAAGGGCUAGAUCCAAAUAUACAACACCUUGAUUCUUCCAGAGACGAUCGACGUUUGGCACCUCAGGAUACUUAUAGGAGGGAACCAAUAUCGGUGCAUCCUGAUGUCUACAGGCAGGAUCGACUGGUUUACAGUGAUUCUUAUAGACGUGAUGAGCUGUUAGAGUACCGUGAUCUUCGGUCUUCAAAUUUGGAAACUAGGCGGCGGGACGAGAUUGGCAGUCGUGAUUUCUAUGUUCCAUAUCGAGAUCAUCUAUCAAAUUCGGAAACUAGGCGAAGAGACGAGAUUGUCAGUCGUGAUCCCUAUGUUUCAUACCAAGAUCGUCCAUCAUAUGCUGACCCUAUGUAUUCUACAGAGCAUCAUUCUCUAACAGGCUUGGUACCUGAGUAUCGUCUUGCUGGUUCCUUAACUGAUCAUCUUCCCACUAGGGAUCCACAUCCUGAAUAUCGCUCUCGGGGAACCUUAUCUCGAUAUUGA